GAGAGUAUUACAAUGUCCUAUUCUGUUCAACCAUCAUUUUCGAGACCCUGGUCUCUUGGAGAUUUGUGCUCCUCCUUUAAAAGAAGGAAGUGCAACCGAAGAGCCGCGAGACCCGGGUAUCUGGCAGAUGAUGCCGAUGCCCCGCCCCAUUCCACCUGGCAGGAUCCCGGCCCUUCGGCUUCCCAACGAAAGACUAAGCAAAGGGGUGAGAGCCCUUUGAUCAUGUCUGAUCUUUACACCUGUGAGGAUGACGACGGCCCUUCAUCCCGUCCGAACAUCGACGAAGGUCCCACCAGACCAAGGGCCGAGGCGACAUCUGGCAAAUAUGAUCAGCCUUCCGUCGCCUGGGAGACGAGAGAGGAGAGGGAGGAGAGAGAGAAGGAGGAUAGAAAGAGGCAAAAGAAGGAGGAGAAAGAGAGACAGAAGAUGGAGAAGGAGGAGAGAAAGAUACAGGAGAAGGAGGAGAAGGAGAGACAGACGAUGGAGAAGGAGGAGAGAAAGAUACAGGAGAAGGAGGAGAAGGAGAGACAGAAGAUGGAGAAGGAGGAGAGAAAGAUACAGGAGAAGGAGGAGAAAGAGAGACAGAAGAUGGAGAAGGAGGAGAGAAAGAUACAGGAGAAGGAGGAGAAGGAGAGACAGAGGAUGGAGAAGGAGGAAAGAAAGAUACAGGAGAAGGAGAAGAAGGAGAGACAGAAGAUGCUGAAGAAGCAAAGAAAGAGACGAGAGAAGGAGGAGAGGAAGGAAAUGGAAAGGGAGAGAAAGGAGAGAAAGGAGAGAGCAAAGCAGGCAGAGAAGGAGAGAAAGCGUCGCAAGAAGGAGAGGAAAGAAAUGGAGAAGAUGGGCAUAAGGGAGAGGAAAAGGCAAAAGAAAGAGGAGAAAGAGAGACAGAAGAAGGAAUUUAAAUCUAUGGGGAAGGAGGAGAGGGAGCAAAUGAAGAAGGAGGAAAAGGAAAGAAAGGAGAUAGAAAAGCAGACAAAGAAAGAGAGAGAACGUCUCCAUAAGGAGAAGAGAGAAAUCUGGGAGAGGCAACAGAAAGAGCGACAGAAGAUGGAGGAGAAGGAGAGAGAAAGUCAGGAGAGAGAAGAGGAGGAGGAGGAGACUCCAAAGCUGAGCUUGCUUUCCAGACUGUACAUGUGGCUGAUCAACAGCCAGAGAGCCCAGGUCGUCCGAGCCAUCAACCGGACGUACGAGGCCGAGUGGUUCAUCUCGCUCAACAUUUCAGGGCACUCAGUGCAGCAGCUGGUGCACAUGACAAACCGGCAGCAGUCCAGAAGGAUUCGCCUGCUCAGGGUCAUGAGGGAGUUAGACCGGGACGAGGCAAUGGUGGAGGAGAGGGAGCAAAAGAGGAGGGCAAGAAAGACCUGCGGAGAGGUAAAUAGCAAAAGAAAGACCAUGUCUGUUUACUCGCGGGCAAAAAAAGUGGUCAGGUCACAAAAUCGUGUCCACGUGCCUGAGGAAAGGGAAGUGAAGAUAACCAAGCUGUACUAA